AUGGAAGGAGAGGUAAGCCUUGUCGCUGGUCGCAGUCAGAGAGAGAAGAGGAGAUCCUACAAAGACCUCCUGAGAGAGGAGGAGGAAAUUGAUGCUCAAGUUCGCAAGUCCUCCAAGAAACGACCUAAGGAACUCGAUGGAUUCUAUGGUGGUGGUGAAUUCCCCAAAAAGAAGAAGAAAAGACAUGAUGAAGAAUCCCUUUACAGUGAUUAUGGGUCCGGAUCGCAUCAUAAAAAGAAGAAGAAGUCGUCAGACGGUCGUCCCUCCGCGUCCUCCUCUGCUUCUUCCUUUUCACCUCAGCCUGCAGUCACUGCCAUGGGCCUCCUCCAGGCCAUUACCUCUCCCAUGGCGAGGGGUUCGGAGCCCAGCAUCGCUCCUCCCAAAAAACCCAUGUGCCCUCCCAUGUUCUCUUCGAAAGACCGCAGACGGGACGGCAUGAUGGUGCCGAAAUCCGUCAAAAAGAAGCAGCAUGUCCAAGAGCCGCUUCCGAUCGUGGGGGAGGAGGUGGAGCUUGAAGGACAUUAUGCAGGACCUUAUGGGCAGCUAGAUGAUGACAGCUCAUCAUCCUCAUCUGAUGAAGAGCUGGAGGCUGGGGAGCUCGUUAUCGAUGACUCCUACUCGAAGUACACCAAGAAGACAAAGAAGAGCAAGAAAAGCAAGAAGAAAAAGGACAAGGGAAAGGAGAAAGAAAGAAAGCACAGCUCUAAAGCAUCCAAGAAAAGCUCGUCAAGUGGACACUCUCAUGGGUCAGUCAACGGCAGUGCAGGCGGCGAGAUGUACGUGAAGGGCGGCCAAGGGUCCUUCAUUCAUGACCAGAACAUAAAGAAGAAGAAAAAGGAGGAGAAAGCCAGGUUUAAGGCAGAGAAAGAGAAAGAAAAAGAAAAGGUGAAGAGGAAGAGUUUUACAGCGUAUAAUCUUUUCUGUAAAGAGUACAGAAUCAGUAUCAAUGAAGAACAGCCGGGACUUGAUUUCGGAGUCUUGAGCAAAAAGCUGGCUGAUGCUUGGAAGCAGCUUCCCGAGGGAGACAAACAGGUGUGGAGAGAGAGAGCUCACUACUUGCAUAACAAACAAAUGAAAUCAGAAGCCAGCCCAGUCAAGCAAGUCAAGCAGCAAUUCUCCAAACCCCCAAAAGACACUACCAAGGCUAAAGUUUCGGGCGUUAUGAAGAGGAUAGAGUGCGUGACGGUUCCGUCUCAGAACGGAGCGGCGGCGCUGGUGGCGGUGCAGGAACCGGCCCGUUCUCCUGUCAGAGACCCCGACGUGGAUCCGAUCGAUGCCGCCGCUCACCUUCAGCUCCUGGGAGAAUCCCUGUCUCUCAUUGGCCGCCGGCUACAGGAGACAGAGGGGAUGGUGACUGUGUCCGGGAGUCUCUCUGUGCUGCUGGACUCUGUGUUAUGUGCUCUCGGUCCUUUGGCCUGUCUGACCGCGCAGGUUCCUGAGCUUAAUGGAUGCCCACAACACGUACUGUCAAACACUCUGGACAACAUUGCAUACGUAAUGCCGGGUUUGUGAAGCCAACUGUACACAGCUCCUCACACGGCUCUGGACAGGGGAGAUGUACCGGAU